CAAUGACAUAACGAGGUUCUAACUUAACCUGGUCAAAACAAAAUUGUACAAUAUCAGAAUUGUAAUGAGAGCGAUUUGUGUUUUUCCAAAUUUUUAACAAUUGAAGAAUGGCUGCUGUUAAAUUCGGAAAACACCUGAAAGAGUUGAGAAUUCUUCUCUGCCAAACGUCCAAAUCUAGUCAAGGCGUUAGAGACUUCAUUGAGCAGCAAUAUGUACCAUUGAAGAAAAAUAAUCCGAGGUUCCCCGUUUUGAUCAGGGAAUGCUCGUCAAUCGAACCGAAAGUGUACGCGCGUUAUGAAUAUGGCAUGGAACGAUGCAUACCUCUGUCAAAUUUAAAGUCGGAAGAAGUACUUGGGAAAAUUCAAGAAUUAGCGUCUCAAAAAUAAAUGUACUUUAUUAUGUUAAUGAAUAUGUGUAUCAUAAUAUGUAUAGUGUUUUAAUAAAAUAGAUGUAUCAAUCGAA